GCCAACCAAAAUGAGCUUGCUGCGUUUGUGAUUUCAAAAAGAGCUUGCUGCGUUUGUCCGGAGUAGGAGAAACAUCCGCGCACCUUCUCUAAAGUGGUUUUGUGGCAUAGGGUGAAAUCUGAUUAACAAUGGGGAGCUUGUUGCAACUAUUCAAUGAAUGGGAGAUCCAGCUGCUUGUGCUUCUCAGCUUCGUGCUACAAAUAUUUCUGUUCUUUACCGGUAACCUUCGUCAACGUGGUGCCAAGUUUCUUAGUGGCACCAUUUGGGUAGCUUAUUUGGUGGCAGAUUUGGUAGCGGUUUACGCCCUUGGUCUGCUCUCAAAACAAGAAGAGAAAACGGUGACUGAAAACCAGCACCCACUAGCUUUCUUUUGGGCGCCCUUCCUACUCAUUCAUCUUGGCGGACAGGACACCAUCACUGCUUUUUCCUUGGAGGACAACAGCUUGUGGUUGAGGCAUCUUUUGAAUCUGAUAGUCCAAGUGGUCCUAGCCUUGUAUGUCUUCUGGAAGUCCACUGCUUGGCGCAUGCAGCUUCUUGUUCCGGGCAUCUUCAUGUUUGUUGCUGGAAUCAUCAAGUACGGGGAGAGGACGAUGGCUCUCAUGUACGGGAACCUACAAAACAUCAGCACUGGAUACAACAGUGAAGAAAGUAACAAGUUCACCCAUCAAGAACUUCAUCAGGAUGAUAGCUACUCAAGCAUUGUUUGCUUUUCAUUGGAUUCAGCGCCAAUUGUUCGACAUUUAUUUGCUGGAUUUACACUCUUCCAGAUACCAGAAGGCUUUCAUGCAUUAACUUGGACAAAAUAUGCUCGGUCAGAUGAAGUCCAGGUGGCCAAGCUGGCCAAGUUGGUUGAUGUUGAACUUGGUAUCAUGUAUUGUGAUAUCUAUACCAAGGCCGCAGUGCUUCGGACAAGGCGCGGCAUUAUGCUUCGGUGCACAUCUCAAGUAUCAGCAAUGGUUGCCCUUGUGCUCUUCACAGUUGGUGACAACAAACAUAGAUACCACAGCAGAGCUGACGUUGCAAUCACCUACACGUUAUUUGUUGGAAGCUUAUUUCUGGAAUUCUGUGCAAUGUUUAUGAUGGUGAUGGUGUCACCUUGGACAUGGGCAUGGCUCAAGGUCAACAAGUGUAGUGUUUGGCUCACUCGCAUGUCCUGGAAGCUUGUCUCCAGUAAUAUUAUUGGAUGGCCGGAGGAGAAGCCUCUGUGGUCAAACAAGAUGGGGCAAUACAAGUUUCUGAGCCAUGUGGGCUGCGAGGGGGAAAAGCAGAGUAGCUCGUUGGAACGAGGGAUCAGGAAAAUGGCAAAAGUAGUUGGCAUAUUGUUUUUUUUUUUCGAGAAAACGCAAAAGACUUUUGCGUUUCAUUGCAUUGAAAAGAUAGGGAGUUUUACAAGCCUCCUAAGAGGGAGAGAACAGAAAAUGAAAACAACAUCAGUGUACGUCCCAAGUCGUCGGCAGUACAACCCUUAA